AUGCAACCCAUAUUUCCCUUUAAGGUCAGGUCGUGGGUGCUUGAUAUCAAAUUCACUAGUUUGCUUGCCAGUUUAGUUGUAAGUGCAAUGUCGGUGAAAACACAUGGCCUGGUCAUGGCAGUUGCCAUUGUUAUGCUUGCUUAUUGGUUGUAUGAACCUCUUUUUCCUGAGAUGGACAAUGUGUGGACAAUGAGAAGUUUUUGUGCCAUUAAAAAAAUUGUCGGUGUAGUUGGAUUUGUCUCUGAGAGUCUUGGAUAUAUGUCCUCUAUAAACAUGACCAGAUUUGCUAUGAAAGCAUUUAUUCAACAACCAGUUUUUGCUUCAGUUGAGAUAGUGAAUGACAAUUUCAGUGGUGUACCUGUCCGUAUAUUCCGACCAAUACACAAGGAUAAAAGCUCUUCAGAUGAACUUCCUGGCUUGAUGUAUUUCCAUGGUGGUGGUUGGGUCAAUCUGGACAUUGACGUUUAUCAUUCACUCACUGCCAGGAUUGCCAACAAAACGGGCUUUGUUGUGGUUUCCGUUGAUUAUCAUCGUGCUCCCGAGAACAAAUUUCCAAUACCAUUUGAGGAUUGCUUGACUGCUACUGUCCACCUUCUUCGUAAUGGUAAAGAUUAUGGAGUUGAUGUAACUGAAAUUGCAGUUUCUGGUGACAGCGCAGGUGGAAAUCUAGCAGCUGCAGUUUCCCUGCGUCUUGCAGUUGAGACGGGUUUACCAACUCUAAAAGCUCAAGUUCUUAUUUAUCCAGCUCUGCAGGCAUUUGAUUUCAGGACACCAUCAAUGCUGACUCGUAAUGUGCCUGAAUUUCUUACUCAGGAAAUCAUGAUUCGAUACUGGCUGUUAUACUAUCAAGGACACACUGAUAAUAUUGAGAAGUUCAGGAGCAACAACCAUACAUCAGCACUCUUGAAGGCUUCUGAAUAUGGCGAUGCUGUUGAUCAUAGUCUACUUCCUGAGGAAUUUCGGAAACAGCUCACUGAGAAACCACGGAAGAAUUUUGGUGAUGAAAAACUGUCAGAUGCUUUUGAGCCAACCCUUCUGAAUCCAUAUUUUUGUCCCCUUUUAGCUCAGCGACUGGACAAAUUGCCACCAACAUUUAUGAUCACAGCUGAGUAUGAUGUGCUUCGAGAUGAUGGAUUUAUGUAUGCGAAAAGACUUGAACAAGCCGGAGUAACAGUCGAACACAAACAUUUUGAGAAUUCAUUUCAUGGUUUUAUUUCCUUGGAAGAAACAGAUGGUCAAAAAAUGUUUCUAGAUGAGUUGAGCAAAUUUUUGCAUGAAACCAUUUUGUAA